CACGAUCGAGAUGUCCGAGCAAGUAACCGAAGAAGGCCGAACCCAGCAGCAUGGCAAAGACUACGCAGACCCUCCUCCUGCUCCUCUCUUUGACCUCGCCGAGCUCAAGCUCUGGUCUUUUUACAGAGAUCUCGUUGCCGAGUUCGUCGCCACCCUCCUCUUCCUCUACAUCUCCGUCGCCACCGCCAUUGGUCACAAUAAACAAUCCUCCCCGUGCGAUGGCGUCAGCAUUCUUGGCGUCGCUUGGGCCUUCGGAGGCAUGAUCUUCGUCCUUGUCUACUGCACCGCCGGCAUCUCCGGUGGGCACAUCAGCCCUGCGGUGACGUUCGGAUUGUUCUUGGCUCGGAAAGUAUCGCUGAUUCGGGCUGUAGCUUACAUGGCAGCGCAGUGCCUGGGAGCCAUUUGCGGUGUGGGGUUAGUGAAGGCGAUCAUGAAGCAUUCGUGCGAGUCGCUCGGUGGCGGAGCCAACUCUGUGUCCGCGGGCUACGGCGAGGGCACUGCCCUGGGUGCUGAGAUUAUCGGCACCUUUGUGCUUGUCUACACCGUCUUCUCCGCCACUGACCCCAAAAGAACUUCCCGUGACUCCCACGUUCCCGUUCUGGCUCCGCUGCCAAUCGGGUUUGCUGUUUUCGUGGUUCAUUUGGCCACCAUUCCCGUCACCGGAACCGGCGUAAACCCAGCUAGGAGCUUCGGUGCUGCUGUUAUUUACAACAACCGCGAAGUUUGGGACGACCAUUGGAUCUUCUGGGUCGGUCCGUUUGUGGGAGCAAUGGCGGCUGCGGCGUACCACCAAUGCAUAGUGAGGGCGGCAGCUGUCAAGGCGCAUGGAUCAUUGAGAAGCAAGCCCGCCAGCUAG